AAACCGAGGACCAAUUCAAUAAUUUGUCACUCUACCCCCAGAAAAAAUACAAGAAGUGAAAAAAAGUAAAAGAACAGAAUGUUUACUGACAUUAGAAACUUAACAGAAGCCAUAGAUAAUUUGGCAAAAGCAACCGAGGAUCUGGAAAAAUGGAAGACAAGCGCAGCGGAGAAUAUGGACAAUAUGUUUUUGGUCCUGAUGGGAAUCAUUAUAUACCUAAUGCAGGGAGGAUUCGCCUUAAUAGAAUCUGGCUGUGUCAGAAGUAAAAACACAACCAAUAUCCUGAUAAAGAACCUGCUAGACUCCUUUAUCUCCGGGGUGUUCUAUUGGAUUUUCGGGUACGCCUUUGCGUUUGGUGCCGGAAACGCCUUUAUAGGGUACGAUCAUUUCGCCCACAGUGGUAUGGAUGACUCGUCGUACGCCACAUGGUUCUUUCAGUACGUGUUUGCCGCCACCGCCGCUACCAUUGUGUCUGGGGCAGUGGCAGAAAGAUGUGAAUUUAUAGCUUACCUUGUCUACAGUUCUUUAAUAACAGGAUUUAUCUACCCUGUGUUGACACAUUGGGCAUGGUCGUCAGAGGGCUGGAUGAACCAAGGCUUCACUUACGACACGGGAGACAACUCCACCACGAUCUCAAUAUCAUAUCAGGAUUUUGCGGGUAGCGGUGUAGUGCAUACAUGCGGUGGGGUUGCUGCAUUUUUGGCGGCAUUGUUAAUGGGACCCAGAAUCGGAAGAUUUGAUAAAGAAACGGGGGCACCACUGGACAUCAAAGGUCACUCCGUACCGCUGGCUGCCCUCGGAGGAUUCAUUUUGAUUUUUGGUUUCUUGGCUUUCAACGGCUCUUCCCAAGGUUCCAUUUCUAACCCUGGAGAUGGAGCUGCGGUUGCUAUGGCGAUAAAAAAUACCGUCAUGUCGGCUUCUUCUGGUGCUUUUACGACUAUGUUCAUGAACAAAAUUUCAUUGUUUGGAGAUCGGAAGUGGAGUUUCGCAACCACACUUAAUGGUGCUUUGGCAGGAAUGGUAGCCAUUUGUGCUGGUUGUAACCAAAUGGAAACUUAUGCUGCUUUUAUUGUUGGAAUUGGGGGAGGCAUUGCCUAUAUGAUCACCACGUGGUUGGUUCUAUUCAAAUUUAAAGUGGACGACCCUCUGGACGCAUGUGCUGUGCACUACGGAGGAGGAGUGUGGGGAGUAAUUUCGAUCGGGCUCCUUUCUAGAGAUGUUGGGAUUCUGUAUAAAUGGAAUGCCGAGGCCGGGCUGACCCUGGCUUGGCAGCUGAUAUGUUUGUUGGCCAUUAUUGUGUGGACCGGUGCUCUUUGCUUUGUUAUGUUCUACAUCCUUAAAAAGCUACAUCUCCUUAGAGUUUCUUUUGAGUGGGAAACGAAAGGUUUGGACAUUCCAAAACACGGAGAGCCGGCGUACCCUGCCGAAGCUUACGGGCACGGCUGGGGGGAGAAGGGAGACACGCUGUUCACAAUGGUUAAAAAAGCAUCCAUGGUUUCCUCCGAGUCUACUAUAAAACUUGCUUUAUCAGAAUUGUCCCUUGGAAGUGCGAGCUUCAAUACAAAUAUGACAGAAAAAACUCAGUUGUGAGAGCUACUGAUAGAAGACAGAAACUGAG